GGGGCGGGUCACGCAGAGCGCGCGGCCGGGAGCGGCGGAGCCUGUGGCGGUGACGGUGGCGGCGGUGGGGCUGCGGGGAAGCGUUGCGCCGCGCAGUGCUGAGCCCGCCGGCCGCCGCGGAGCCAUGGAGAUCGGCACCGAGAUCAGCCGCAAGAUCCGGAGUGCCAUUAAGGGGAAAUUGCAAGAAUUAGGAGCUUAUGUGGAUGAAGAGCUUCCUGAUUACAUUAUGGUGAUGGUGGCCAACAAGAAAAGUCAGGACCAAAUGACAGAGGACCUGUCCCUGUUUCUAGGGAACAACACAAUUCGAUUCACCGUAUGGCUUCAUGGUGUAUUAGAUAAACUUCGCUCUGUUACAACUGAUCCUUCCAGUCUAAAGUCUUCUGAUACCAACAUCUUUGAUAAUAACGUGCCUUCAAACAAGAGCAGUUUCAGUCGGGGAGAUGAGAGAAGGCACGAAGCUGCAGUGCCACCCCUUGCAGUUUCUAGCACUAGACCUGAAAAAAGAGAUUCUAGAGUUUCUACAGGUUCUCAGGAGCAGAAAACCACUAGUGUUAGACAGACUUAUGAUGAUGGAGCUGCAACCCGACUAAUGUCAACAGUGAAACCUCUGAGGGAGCCAGCACCCUCUGAAGAUGUGAUUGAUAUUAAGCCAGAACCAGAUGAUCUCAUUGAUGAAGAUCUCAACUUUGUGCAGGAGAAUCCCUUAUCUCAGAAAAAACCUACAGUGACACUUACAUAUGGUUCUUCUCGCCCUUCUAUUGAAAUUUAUCGACCACCUGCAAGUCGAAAUGCAGAUAGUGGUGCUCAUUUAAACAGGUUACAGUUUCAACAGCAGCAAAACAGUAUUCAUGCUGUCAAGCAACUCGAUAUGCAGAACAGCCGGGUGUAUGAAACAGGACGUUUGUGUGAACCAGAAGUGCUGAACAGCUUAGAAGAGACUUAUAGUCCCUUCUUCAGAAACAACGCCGAAAAAAUGAGUAUUGAGGAAGAAAACUUUCGGAAGAGAAAGUUGCCUGUGGUAAGUUCAGUUGUUAAAGUAAAAAAAUUCAAUCAUGAUGGAGAAGAGGAGGAGGAAGAUGAUGAUUGUGGGUCCCGUACAGGAAGCAUCUCCAGCAGUGUGUCAGUGCCAGCAAAGCCUGAAAGGAGACCUUCACUUCCACCUUCUAAACAAGCUAACAAGAAUCUAAUUUUGAAGGCUAUUUCUGAAGCUCAAGAAUCUGUUACAAAAACAACUAACUAUUCUACAGUCUCACAGAAACAGACACUUCCAGUUGCUCCCAGAACUCGAACUUCUCAAGAAGAAUUGCUAGCAGAAAUGGUUCAGGGGCAAAGCAGAACUCCCAGAAUAAGCCCCCCCGUUAAAGAAGAGGAAAUAAAGGGAGAUAACAUAGAAAAAAGUCAAGGAACUCAGCAGAGGCAAUUGUUAUCCCGACUGCAGAUUGACCCAGUAGUGGCAGAAACUCUGCAGAUCAGUCAAGAUUACUAUGACAUGGAAUCCAUGGUCCAUGCAGACACAAGAUCAUUUAUUCUGAAGAAGCCAAAGCUGUCUGAGGAGAUAGUAGUGGCACCAAACCAGGAGUCGGGGAUGAAGACUGCAGAUACCCUUCGGGUACUUUCAGGACACCUUAUGCAGACACGAGAUCUUGUACAACCAGAUAAACCUGCAAGUCCCAAGUUUAUAGUGACGCUGGAUGGUGUCCCCAGCCCCCCAGGAUACAUGUCAGAUCAAGAGGAGGACAUGUGCUUUGAAGGAAUGAAACCCGUAAACCAAACUGCAGCCUCAAACAAGGGACUCAGAGGUCUCCUCCACCCACAGCAGUUGCACUUGAUGAGCAGGCAGCUUGAUGACCCAAAUGGUAGCUUUUCAAACGCUGAGAUGAGUGAACUGAGUGUGGCACAGAAACCGGAAAAACUGUUGGAGCGCUGCAAGUACUGGCCUGCCUGUAAAAACGGGGACGAGUGUGCUUACCAUCACCCUGUUUCACCUUGCAAAGCCUUUCCCAAUUGUAAAUUUGCUGAAAAAUGUUUGUUUGUUCAUCCAAAUUGUAAAUAUGAUGCAAAAUGUACUAAACCAGAUUGUCCCUUCACUCAUAUGAGUAGAAGAAUUCCAGUUCUGCCUCCAAAACCAGCAGUUACAACACCAGCACCACCUUCUAGUAGUCAGCUUUGCCGUUACUUCCCUGCUUGUAAGAAAAUGGAAUGUCCCUUCUAUCAUCCAAAACACUGUAGAUUUAACACUCAGUGUACGAGACCUGACUGCACAUUUUAUCAUCCCACCAUUACUGUACCACCACGACAUGCCUUGAAAUGGAUUCGACCUCAAACCAGUGAAUGACACCUAGUCCUUCCUGGCAGAAGAUCGUGGAGUUUGAAAGUUUCCAUCUGCUGAUGAAAGAUAUUUACAGAACUUGUCAAAUCUUUGGAACUUGGAAUAUAUUGCUUUCAUAAUAUGAAGUUUAUUUGCCUAUCUGAAGUGUUUAAUUUUUCAAGUUUGUAAGUUUAUUAAGUGGUUAUAACGUUGGGUGUUUUUUUGUUGUUUGUUGUUGACUAUGGAAAAGACAGUUUCAGGAAAAGCUAAAUUCUAUUAAAACAUUUGCGGCGUGUUUGUACACAGCUGUUUCAAGUA